AUGGGUCACAAGGUGCACAAGCCGGGAGAUGAGCAUCGUUUCCAUUCGCUGACUCAUCCCCACGUGCACCCGCCAGCCGGCAGUCCGCGCCUCCGACGAACUCGCAUUCCGUCACGCGUGCUUGUGCAAACUAAGGCGGUCCUGUCGCGGCAGGCGAAGCGCCUUGCACGAAAAGCCGACGAACUCGAACACGUGAUCUCCAAAGUUACAUAUUGUUUAGGCGUCCUUUGCUUCGGCAUCUUCUGUUUUCUCCUCGGAUCCCGGCCCUAUGACGUUCCUCGUCUAUACGCCGCCUUUUUCCUCAUGGCCACACCCCUCCGCUGGAUCUACUACCGCAGCAAGAAAUGGCACUAUUUCCUUCUCGACUUCUGUUACUACGCGAACGCGAUUCUGGUGGCGUUUCUCGUCUUCUUCCCCAUGAGUCAGCACCUCUUCCUCGUCUGCUUCGCUUUCUCUGAGGGUCCCUUGGCAUGGGCGCUCAUAGUAUGGCGAUGCAGCCUGGUGUUCAGCUCGGUGGACAAGAUCGUGAGCGUGCUGAUACACCUGUUACCCGGUACAGUCAUCUUCAUUAUCCGCUGGUGGGACCCGGUGACCUUCCACCACCACUCAGCAGACGACACGGGGCCCUGGCCCGCGUGGCCGCACGUGGCGAGCAUGGGCGAGCUGUGGGUGUGGAUGCUCGUGGUUCCGCUCAUCGCCUACAGCCUGUGGCAGAUCCUCUACUGGUUGGUGGUGGAGGUGCUGAGGAAGCGGCGGCUGGUGAGGGACCCAGAGGUGAUGACGUCAUUCCGGGAACUUUCCAAGAAGGCCUCCCGCGCCAACAACUUCUGGUGGUGGCUGAGUGGCGUGCUGGGGGAUUCGAACCGCUUCCUCAUGUACGCCCUCAUUCAGGGCGUCUUCACGGUGGCCACGGUAGCCCUCACAGUGCCCAUGUUCUGCAGCUACCGCUUCCAUGCGCUCUUCCAGAUCUUCAAGAUCGCUGCCUCCAUCUGGAACGGAGGGAACUUCAUAUUCGAUGUGCUGCCGCGACAAGUUCAUGCAAAGCGAAUGAAGAAAGCAGCCAAGGCAGCAGAAGGGGGAGGGGUUAGCAGCCCAGAGAAAGACCCCCUGCUAGAUACCCCCGGUUGGGAUGCACAUGCGAGCAGCAGGGAAGAGCGCCAGGCAGAAAAACGGGCAGCUGCAGCAGAGGCGGCAGAUGCAGCGGCGUCACUUGAUGGGGCAUUUGUUCCGCCCAUCAGUGGGGAUUUUCUGUUACCGGGUAACAACUCGUGGAGCCAUGUGGGGGCGAGUGGCAGUCUGGCUGCGUACAGGGCGAGUGUGCGGGGGAAGGGGCAUGGAGGGGAGGAGGAGGAGGAGAGUGAUGAUGAGGUGUGGGAGGAGGUGGGGUCUGAUGAGUUGAACGAGGAGGGGGAGGUGGAGGGGGAGGCGGAGGGAGAAGGGGAAGCAAGUGAGGAGGGGGAAGAGAGUGGGGAACAAGGAGAGCUGCAUCACCUGGAUCUGGAACCAGAUGUGCCUGGUGGUGCUUCUGGGGGUGGUUUUGGAAGUGGGUUGGGAGUGAAGAGUGUUAUUGCUCCCCCUCGCAAUGUACUGUACACGAUGCGUCUGUACGGCAUGCCUGGCGCGCACGAUGCUACUGACGAGGAUGACCUUAGCGAGGACGAGGAAGAUGACCCUGACAGCUCAGCAGAAGCCGGUACCGGCAGCGGUUACCUUGUGCGCACAACAACAGGUUUAUUCGGCAAUGGAGGCUCAACUGGGGGAGGCUUAUUCGGCGGAAGCUCCUUGGCUGGCGGAGGGGGGAGCGGAGGAAGCAGCGCGGAUGGCGGUGGUAGUGGCGGAGGAGGGGGAAUGGGAGGGUCAGGGGGGGGUAUUCAGAGGGUGGAGUCUAGCAUGUGGGGGGGGUGGUGGUCUGAGCUGUGGCAGGAUAGGCAGCCGCAGAAGCUCCACGCUCUGGGAACGCCGAGUGCAGAGGACGCUGCUGCGUGGAUCGAUGCCAUCACCAAGGCCCUCACUCUGCCGCCCCCGCCUCUGCUCACACCAGCGGCCGAUGCCCCAACCCUGCCGUCACAACCGUCACACCCAUUACAACAACCGUCACACCCAUUACAACCGUUACGAACACCAUCACAUUCCUCAAAACCGCCUAAGUCACCGCGGCAAGCUCCGUCCACUCGGACCGGUCAAGAUGAUAGCCCAAUAUCACGGUCCCCGCAGGCUAAGUCUGCUUCGUCUUCCUCACCGGACCUCAUAGGCUCUCUAAUUUCAGCCCACGCCACAUCCCUUGCCACCCCAGCCACCGCUGCUCAUUCCCUCUUUGGCGCCCCUCCUUCAUCUGCUGACGUGGCGAAUCUGGCCCUCCCUGCUGCGACUUCUUUCCACCCAGCUGCUGCUGCUGUUUCUGCCGCUGCUGCGGCUGCUGCGGAUCCUGCUGCCGCUGCUGCAGCUGCUGCUGCUGAUCCAGCCGCCGCCGCUGCUGCUAUGACUAAUAUGAUGUUCCCAGCUGCUGCUGCUGCCGCCGCUGCUGCUGCGGAUCCUGCUGCUGCAGCAGCUGCUGCUGCUGCUGAUCCAACCGCCACUGCUGCUGCUAUGGCAAAUAUGAUUAGCUUUGGCAGUGGGGACAGCAGCGGCAUGCUCACACCUCCCACUGGCUCCUCUCCUGCUCUCUCCUUCCAGCCUAGCCCGUCCCUCUCAUCCCCGCUCCUCCCCACCCACUCCCCCCUCGACUCGUUAUCUCUCACCCGAAUCCCUGGUGGGGCUGUUGGCUCUGGGGGGGUUUCUGCAACGGUAGGGGGGGCAGGGGGGGCAGGGACGGUAGUCGGGGCAAGUGCGGGAGUGCCAGGGGUGGCAAGGGUGGCAGGGGUUGCGUCGUCUCUGGAAAGGCCAGGCUCCCAUGCGCCGUCCUCCCAGCAGCAGCUGCCCUCCUCGUCCUCCCACGCUCCUCCUCCCCCUCUUCCCACCUCUUCCUCCCCGUCGUCUGCUGUUGUUGCGUCGCCCUCCAAGUGGCGCCUCGACCGCUGCCAGAACGGGCUCCGAUUCUUUGAAGAGGCCAGCAGGACGCCUAUUCUCCACCGCCUCUACAAGCUGCCUGUGAUGAAAGCAGUGGGAGUGGUGAAGGCCGCACCAGACCAGAUAUUCGACCUCGUGAUGAGCUUCGGGGAGGAGCGAGCAGAGUGGGAUGCCAUGUUUGCAGAGGCACGAGUGGUGGAGGCUAUUGAUGGUCACACAGACGUGGUGCAUAUGUGCUUGAAACGAACCUCGCUAUGGACGAGGUCGAGAGACCUGUGUCUGCUACGAUACUGGAAGAGAGAAGAAAACGGAACUUACCGUAUUCGUGUUCUUCAAGUCAGUCAGCCACCCCAAGUGCCAUCGGCCAUGGGGUCGCGUCCGUGCGCUUAUCUACAGUGGCGGCUACAUCAUAUCGCCCCUGCAGCAUAG